AUGUCACAAGAGCUCGCAACUACUUACGCCUCCCUCAUCUUGGCUGACGAGAACCUCCCAAUCGAAGCUGAGAACAUCCUCAAGCUCACCAGUGCAGCUGGUGUCGAGGUUGAAGGUAUCUGGGCUACCCUUCUCGCUAAGGCUCUUGAAGGCAAAGACGUCGCUGAAAUCUUGACCAACAUCUCAUCAGGUGCAGCAGCUGCCCCAGCCGCUGCAGGUGCACCAGCCGCUGCUGCUGAUGCUCCAGCUGAAGAAGCUCCAAAGAAGGAAGAAGCCAAGGAAGAAUCUGACGAUGACAUGGGUCUCGGUCUCUUCGACUAA